AUGGCGGCGCUGCGCCUGCUGCUCCUGGCAGUGCUGCUGGGCGUCCCAGUCGGGGCCCUGACCUGCUACGGGGACUCGGGGCAGCCUGUGGACUGGUUCGUCGUCUACAAGCUGCCGGCCCACAGCGGGUCCGGGGACGCGGCCGGGAGCGGGCUGAGGUACAAGUACCUGGACGCGGACUCGGGAGGCUGGCGCGAUGGUGCGGGGUCCAUCAACAGCUCGGCGGGAGCCGUGGGGCGCAGCCUGCAGCCGCUGUACCGAAACAACGCCAGCCAGCUCGCUUUCCUGCUCUACAACGACCAGCCGCCUAAAGCCAGCGGGGCUGGGGACUCUUCCAGCCGCGGACACACAAAGGGAGUGCUUCUCCUGGACCAAGAAGGGGGCUUCUGGUUGGUCCACAGUGUUCCGCGCUUCCCUCCACCUGCCUCCUCUGCUGCAUAUAGCUGGCCUCCUAGUGCUGAAGACUACGGCCAGACCCUGCUCUGUGUGUCCUUCCCCUUUGCCCAGUUCCUGAGGAUUGGCAGGCAGCUGACCUACACCUACCCCCUGGUGUAUGACUACAAGCUGCAAGGGGCCUUUGCCCAGAAAUUUCCUGAACUGGAGGAGGUGGUCGAGGGCCACCAUGUUCGCAAAGGACCCUGGAACAGCAGUGUAACACUCACAUCACGGGCAGGGGCCACCUUCCAGAGCUUUGCCAAGUUUGGGAACUUUGGAGAUGACCUGUACUCUGGUUGGCUGGCAGCAGCCCUUGGCAGUGACCUGCAGGUCCAAUUCUGGCACAAAUCUGCUGGCAUUCUGCACUCCAACUGCUCAGGUGCUCAGGAGGUGCUGGAUGUGACCGAGAUAGCCUUCCCUGGGCCAGCUGGGCCAACCUUCAGUACCACAGAAGACCACUCCAAGUGGUGUGUGGCCCCAAAAGGACCCUGGGCCUGCGUGGGUGACCUGAAUCGGAACCUAAGAGAGGAACAUCGUGGUGGGGGCACACUCUGUACACAGCUGCCUGCUCUCUGGAAGGCCUUCCAGCCAUUGGUGAAGGCCUGGGAACCCUGUGGGGGUCCCUGA